UAAGAGAAGAAAACCAAACCAACGGUGUUGAUAAAUCAGAGCUUCGCAUCUCAAUCGUCUCCUUUCUCCUUCGUUCUCCAGCGUCGGAUCUCUCAUCGCCCUCUUCAUCCACCCUUGGCGCCCAAAUUUCUCCCUCCAUAACAGGGUUUUGGUGUUUGGAUGGCGGAGGGUCCAGCUAGUCCAGGUGGCGGUGGGAGUCACGAGAGUGGGGGGGACCUGAGCCCGAGGUCGUCAAAUGUUCGAGAACAGGAUCGGUUUUUGCCAAUUGCGAAUAUCAGUCGGAUUAUGAAGAAAGGGUUACCGGCUAAUGGCAAAAUGUCAAAGGAUGCAAAGGAGACUGUUCAGGAGUGUGUUUCUGAGUUUAUCAGCUUUGUCACUAGUGAGGCGAGUGAUAAGUGUCAAAGGGAAAAGAGGAAAACUAUCAACGGUGAUGAUCUUCUAUGGGCAAUGGCUACCUUAGGGUUCGAAGAUUAUAUCGAACCACUCAAGUUAUACUUGACUAGAUACAGAGAGAUGGAGGGUGACACCAAGGGAUCUGCAAAAGGCCACGAAGGACUGGUUAGGAGAGACGGGGGGCAACCUGAUCAUAACGCACAUCUUGCUCAUCAAGGUUCGUACUUGCAGGGUCUGGAUUACGGGAACUCACAGGGUCAACAUGUGGUUCCAAUGCAAGGCAGAGAUUAACAUUAAUGGCUUCAAGAUCUGUUACGAUUUAAAGCUAAAACGCAGCCGCCACAUCAACAGGUCUUGUUUUAAACUCGAGCAUCUACUUAGCGUGCUUACGAUUCGUUGGACUAUGUAUUCUCAUAUCUUAUUGUAAUUUAAACUAUUCCGUAGAUUUUAUAGAAAAAUGUUUCUACCUCAUGAGUUGAUGGUGUUAGGUAUUCAAGUGUCAUUUUCGAGUGUGUUUCGUUGUAACUUUUAUAGUUGCUGAACUGAUAAAUUGUCGAAAAUGACCUCAAA